AAAACAAAAAUGGCGAAUUAUUAGACGACGACAACACAGAAAAACAUAAUAUGUCUUUGCAAUAGAGUCUUAAGUUCAAUAGAAAGUUUGUGUAAGAUUUUAUAUUAAAUAGAUUUGAUAUGAUGCUUGAUCUUGAGGUUGUUCCCGAGAGAUCACUUGGAAACGAACAAUGGGAGUUUGUUUUGGGAAUGCCUUUCUAUCAAGCAGUUGCUAUAAUGAAACGCCAGGAUAGACAAAUCAAGGGUGUACAAGUAUGGUACAGUCACCAGUACCCUCUACAAAUGGACCUUGUACUUAAUCUCUCACAUGAUGGAAUCCGCUUGAUUUUUGACCCUGUAUCACAAAGACUCAAGAUAAUAGAAGUAAAUAACAUGAGCAAAGUGAAGCUCAAGUACUGUGGGGUUCAUUUUAACUCCCCACAAAUACAGCCAACAAUAGAACAGGUUGACCAGUCAUUUGGGGCCACACAUCCAGGAGUGUAUAACUCUGAAAAACAGCUGUUUGUACUAAACUUCAGAGGGCUUUCAUUUGAUUUUCCAAUAGAAUCCAAGUUUGAGCCAAAGUAUGCCCAUGGCCUGGGUUCCCUACAGUUCCCCAAUGGAUCCUCCCCUGUUGUUUCCAGGAUGUGUCUCUACACAGGAAGCAGUAUGGCUGACACUAAACCUCCCCCACUUCCUGUUUUAUGUUUCCAUGGGAACUGCUUUGCUGAUUGUGUUGAAGUGCUGAGAGAACAUAAUGUCACCAAAGGACUCAAAUUUAUUCUAGUCACAGAAGGAAAUGGUCCAGGAAAAGUUCUUGACCCCAAGAAGAGGGUGGUGGAGAGGAUUGUGAGGUUUGGUGACACCAGCCAGGAUGUGGUGACAGCAUUAGGAAGCCCUUGUAAAGUUUUCUACAAGGCUGAGGAUAAAAUGAAGAUCCACUCCCCAGCUUCUCAUCACCGCCUUCGCUCCCCAAGUUCAGAUUAUUUCUAUAACUACUUUACAUUAGGCAUUGAUAUCUUGUUUGAUGCUAGUACUCAUCAAGUUAGAAAAUUCAUUCUGCACUCCAAUUACCCAGGGCAUUAUGACUUUAACAUGUACUGUCGCUGUGAGUUUAAGAUUCCCGUGUGUGUGGAGGUCACCAAACCCAAGAAGAAGAAGAGACAGACAGAGGAAGAGGAGAUCAUAACAGCAUACUCCAAGUGGGAUGCCAUACAGGAUUUCUUGAUCAAACCAGAGCAACAACCGGUCAUCUUAAACCGAGCCUCCUCUACCAACACCAGCAACCCAUUCGGUUCUACUUUCUGUUUCAGUGUCCAGGACAUGAUAUUUGAGGUUAUGCAGAACCAGCACAUUGCCUCAGUGACGUUGUAUCAACCAAAAGUCAAGGUCAAAAGUGAGCCAUCUUGAUGACAAUAAUGUAUUAGGAGCAUUCAACAGGACAGCUAAAGACAAAUUCCAGCAUGUGAUGUUUUACAGAGACUGGCAUCUUAGCAUGGAACUUCCUGUCAGCUGUGAGACCUUUACUUCUGGUGGUAGAGUGCAGCUGUUAUCAGUGAUUUUAUGUGGAGUAUAAUGUUACAAAUAUAUUGACACUUUCUCUAUAAGAAGGAUGAAUUGGCUGUACACAUUUAUCAACUUGUUAUAGUCAUUCUAAAUAUCCAUACCUAGACAUGCUGUACCUUGUAAUUCUCAAUGAUCUCAGAAACAAAUAGAAAUUACAACAUCCUUUUUAUCAUCCGUUAUUCAUAUUUUUUCAAACUGCAAGAUUGUAUGGGUAAUUAUUGGCACAGGGAAGGUAUGUAUGUUUGGAGGUUAAAAGACAAACAUUGCAACAUACACUCAAAAUUAUCUUAGGUAUAGUUUAAGACAAAGUUUAUUUCUUGGUAAAUUGAAACACAGAUUAUU